AGAAUGAUGUCAUAAAGGUGUUUUAGCCUGGUGUGAUUAUUUUAAGUUCAUACAACACUCCCGACUUUCCCCUCACAGGUGACAGAGGAAAAUGAACUGGGGCUUCUUGGAGAACAUCCUCAGCGGUGUGAACAAGUAUUCCACUGGCAUCGGGCGGAUCUGGCUCACUGUGGUCUUCCUCUUCAGGAUCUUGGUGUACGUGGCGGCGGCUGAGCAGGUAUGGAAGGACGAGCAGAGGGACUUUAUCUGCAACACCCGGCAGCCUGGAUGUGUGAACGCCUGCUUCGACCACUUCUUCCCCAUCUCCCAGGUGCGCCUCUGGGCUCUGCAGCUCAUCAUGGUGUCCACUCCGUCCCUGCUGGUGGCCCUGCAUGUGGCCUACAGGGAGCACCGCGAAGCCAAGCACAAGUGUAAACUGUAUAAAGACAAAGGCAGCAUUGAUGGAGGCCUCUUCGCCACCUACGUCAUCAGCCUGUUGUUUAAGACGGCUUUUGAGGUGGGCUUCCUGCUGGUUUUCUACUAUGUAUACAACGGCUUUGACGUGCCCAUACUGUACCGCUGCAGCGAGAGUCCCUGUCCCAACACGGUGGACUGCUUCAUCUCCAAAGCCACCGAGAAGAAGAUCUUCCUCUACAUCAUGGGCUGCACCUCUGUCCUGUGCAUCGUUCUCAAUUUGGUGGAGAUGGUUUACAUCAUUUGGAAACAGUUGUGGAAGUGUUUCUCCAAGCGGUACGUCUCCGUGGAGAUGGAGGAGAGGGCCUAUAGCCGCAGCAGCAGCAGCAGGCCACCUGUUUCCAUUGUCAACAAGUUUGCUUCCACUGAACUGACGGCAAACACAGACAUACACAGCACACGUGGUGAAAACCAGCCUGUCCGGUCUCACAGGGCAGGGACGGAGUGA